AUGGCAGAAAUAGAGGAUUUGGCGGGUCCAGAGCGUUCCCCAGAGACGGGUCCUGGAGAAUCCUGGCAUCGGAGAUGCCUUUUGGAGCUUGGGCUGGAAUGUCCGGCUGUGUUGGCUUCUGGGGACUUCCAAAUAGAGACCUUUCAUCGGGGGAGAUUUGCCGGACUCUACAUUCUAGAACCAAAUACAAAGUGUCCCGUGACUCUGAGAAUUGAUGACAAUGAUCUUUUUGAGGAGCCGAUGAAGAAAAGGCGGCGAUCAGAUCGAGAGCAGCGCUUCCGAGCUUUUCCGCUGGUGGAACAGAGCGCGCUCAAGGAAUAUGAAAAAUUGGAGUCCCGGACCAGAAGGGUUUUGAGCAACACUUACCAGAAGCUAAUUCAGUCCGUCUUCCUGGAUGACAGCAUUCCUAAUGGGGUCAAGUAUCUCAUAAACAGACUUCUUACCAUGAUUGAAAAGCCGUCGUUGGAUCCAAUCUACGUUGGAUUGUUUGGAAUCACUGGGGCUGGAAAGAGCUCCCUGAUCAACGCCAUCAUCCAGCAGGCAAUGUUUCUCCCAGUCUCUGGAGAUAGCAUCUGCACUUCCUGUGUUGUACAAGUGAGCUCCGGCUGCUGUGAGCAGUACAAAGCGAAAAUCCACCUUCUGUCUGACCAGGAAUGGAAAGAGGAGCUGAAGAACUUGACUAAACUCCUGCACAGGAUGGAGGAGGCUGGUGGAGAAGAUGCGGAUGCGGAUGUGUGGGAUGCGGAUGAGGCCAUAGAGGAGGCCACCUGGAAGCUGAAAAUGGUCUAUGGAACAGGGGCCGAAAGGAAGAACUAUGAGGACUUACUAAGGGCAAAGCCCAGGGCGAAGAUUCCCACCUCAAGGAUCAUCACCCUCAAGGCGGAAGAGGCCCAAGAGCUGUCUGUCAAGCUAGACCCCUACAUCCGUACUCAGAAGAUAGAUGGGGUUGAAGAGUCAGCCGAGACGCGAAUCUGGCCCUUGAUCAAACACAUAGAAGUGACUCUUCCCAGGUCUGCACUGAUUCCGGAAGGGGUGGUGCUGGUGGACAUUCCGGGCACAGGCGACUUCAACAGCAAGAGAGAUGAGAUGUGGAAAAAGACCAUUGAUAAGUGCUCGGUGAUCUGGGUGAUCAGCGACGUAGAGAGAGUUUCCGGGGGAAGAGCCCACGAAGACCUUCUGAAUGAGAGCAUCAAAGCCUGCCAGCGCGGCUUCUGCAAGGACAUUGCUUUGGUGGUCACCAAGGCUGACAAGCUCAACCUGCCGGAGUACCUCAGGGAAAGAAAAGUGGGAAGUCGAGCUAUUGAAAAUCAGCGAGAGGCAGUUUUGGAAAGAAACAAAACGAUAAAACUACAAAGGAGUAGAAUUCUCAAGGAAAAGCUAAAGAAAAAACUGCCGGCUGACUCCAAGGUUCUGGAAGCCUCGGACCUGGUGUACAUGGUCAGUGCCCACGAGUACUGGCAGCAGGCUCUCCUCUCCGAGGAGGAAUCCGAAAUCCCCAAAUUAAGAGAGUACAUCAGGAAAAGGCUGUUGGACAAGAAGAAGAGGGUGGUGACCGAGUGUGUCACCGAAGCCUUCGGCCUAUUGCUCCUCACGGACAGUUUCAACUCUGUGGAAAACCUGCUGAGUGACCCCUUGCACGCGAGCGGCCUGCGGAGAUUCGUGGAGGACAGGGUGGAGCUGCUGGAGGGGGCCGUGGAGCAGUGCUUCGCACACGUGGAGCGGCCUCUGCAGGAAGGGGUCCUGGCGGCCAGGGCUUCCUACCGACGCCUCCUCGGGGCGCGCCUCGUGAGAAGUAGAGGAAACCAAGGUUUUCACCAGACUCUGAAAGCUGUUUGCUUGAAAAAUGGCAUCUACGCCUCCAGGACUUUGGCCAGAAUCGACCUGAAUGAAGCCAUCACCCAGCCCAUCUAUGACCAGAUCGACCCUGUUUUUGGAGCCAUUUUUAGGGGAGGGAACUCCCAGGGCUUGGCUCUGAUGCCUCACAUAGAAGCUUUCAAGCUGUCCCUGCAGGAGAAAAUGAUGGAAGUCGGGAUGAGAAACGGCUGGAAAUAUGAUGGCUACAAAAAAUCUUUCAUGAUCCAAGAGAUAAGUGCCAUCUUAGGAGACUUGGAAGGCUACAUCGUCAGGAAGAAGAGGAAGAUCUAUGAAUCUGUCACCAGCUCCGUACAGGACGACCUGAAGCCCUGCUAUGAAGAGGCAGCUCAGAUCACUGGCAAGAAAGCGUGUGAGAGGAUGAAGGAUGUCAUCAGAAGAGGGGUGGAGCGGCAGGUGGCAGAGGGCAUGUUCGAAAGGGCUCAGGAAAGGAUGCAGCACCGGUUCCAGCUCCUGAAGAAUGGGAUCGCAGAGAAGGUGAAGGGCAGUAUCACCACCGUGCUGGCCCUGGUGUCGGCCCAGGGAGAUGGUCUCUACAAGGAGCUUGCAGAUGUCAGGAGUGAGUACAAGGAGAUGGAGAAGCUGCACCGAAGCCUGAGGGAGGUUGCUGAGAAUGAACUGCUGCGGAGAGGCAUGCAGGAUUUCCUCCUGAGGAUGUCCCCCAGCAAAGCGGCCCCCGAAGCAGAACGUCAGUGCUCAGGAGAGAAAAAAUGAGCCUGCAGCCAAAUAAUCAGAAUUACUUCUGGUUUUUGAAAUCUUCUAAAGGACAUCUCUCAGCUGUUUGGGCUCUCUUUGUACACAAUAUCAAUCCAAUAUAUUGUUGCUUUGGGCAUAAUUUUAUUUUAUAGCCUUCCCCCGCCAAGUCAUCUUGAAUCCCUAAUGCAGUUCUAAGGUUUUAAGGACAACAAACUUAUACUACACAGAAGACAAAUAUCAAAACACUGAGAAACCUAAAAUAUUUUGGAACGAAUUGAAAAAGAAAGCUUUAAGGAUCCAGUUCUAUUUCCCAUUUUGGUAGCAAUGAGUCUGUGGGGCUGGAGAUGACAUUUUGCCUUGAGAAAAACAUGAGUCUGGGAGCCAGACCAGACCUGGCUCUGCCACCUCUCAGCUGUGUUGUAUCUAAGACUUGUGCUUCUCAGACAUUUUGUUCUCAGGACCCUCGACCUUCGAGCUUGUGUUUGUGUGGGUUUUAUACAAUGACAUUUACCGCAAAUAUUCAGACUGAAUCUUUAGAUGUCUAAAUGUUCAUUCCAUUAAAAGGAGCAAUAAUAAUUCUAUAGCAAUUUAACAUAAAGAGAAUGUUUUCAUGGAAAAAAAAAAAGCGCUUUCCAAAACAAAUUUAGUGAGAAGAGUGACAUUUGUCUAUUUUCAAAUGCUAAAGACAAAGUUUCUAUGUUAAUAUCAGGCCAACACAAUGCAUGUCAUGAUUAUGUACUGCA